CUUUGUACGAAUAAUAUUUUGAGGUUGAAGAUUGAGAUUAAAUCCUAUCAUAUGUAUGGAACCUCAAGGUCUUUGUGAUAAUGGAAACCAAAAAAUUGAUUGGUAAACCGCUUCAACCAGCAAGACCUAUUCGUCAUCUGACUUCUCCCCCUGGAGUAGUAUUCCCUUUCAACUUUCAAAACGAAUAUCCAUGCAACACUCAGUGCUUACAAAGUGGAGUUAGCAGAAGUAAGACGAAUGGAAUGCAAGCCUUUUCUCAAGGUCAUAAUGAACAACAGCAACAUCAGUCUCCAGUUAAAAAAGAGAGAAUUAAAUAUAGCAGAGAUUUCCUGUUGAAGCUCUCAAGUGUUUCCAUCUGCAGAAAAAAACCAGACUUUCUGCCUGAUCAUCCCAUUGUACUUCAAAAACCAGAAAACAACCAAAGUUUUAAGUAGCAUUUUAAGAACAGACCAAUUUGAAGAUAAAGAAUUACUCAUUUUAUAUUUUGGACACCUGCAAAUGAAGUGGAUAUAGUAACAGUAACUGUAAUGGACUGUGACAAUUCAGUUUAUUUUUAAUUUUGAUGGUUGGGUAUUUGGUUUCUCCUAAAAUGAGAAAGAUAUUUUGAACUAUAAAUAAUUUUCUAAUCAGUUUCAGCUUUGCAGGAAGACUGUAUUUAUAAUUUGCAUGCUACUUGCAGUUUUUUUUUUGUUUUUCAUCUCUUGUAAUAAUGGACUGGAAAUGUAAGCUGUAAAGAUUCUCAAAUAUAAAGUAUUUGCUAUGAUGUAUAUAUGGUACAUAAUUUCUUGUUGCUUUUAAAAAGUUGCUUUUGUUCUGAUUGCCACUGAUUUCAUUCCAGCACUUUGAAAGGAGCUUUACAAUCUCUCCAGAGGCUUAGAAUGAUUCAGGAUGUUCAAUGCAUAGUUAUCCAUGACAGAAAACAAUGUUUUAACAGGCAGUUCUUUGGUCUCUAGUUUUUUGAUAACAUUGUUUGACAAUUUGGAAACCGUGAAACAUAGCUGCUACUGGUUUUCUCUAAUCAGACUACAUGAACAGAAGAAGUUGGGCAAAUUCCAAAAUGAAACUGAUAUUAUUUCCAAAAGGAAAAAUGUAGGCAUUUGCAAAUAAUUGAGGCACAUUAAGUUUUAAUUCGAAAUUUCUUGUAACAAAAACACAAAUGGAUGAAGAAUUUGGGGAUUUAAACUUUUAGCUCCUAGAAAUUUUAUAUAAUAAAUUCCUGCAUUUUGUAAAAAAAAAAAAAUUUGCUGAUGUAAAGGUAAGUGUAAACUUUCCCUACUUUUAUUUUGUCAGAUCCCCAGGUCUGCUGGGAAGGCAUUCAAGACCAUCAUUUGGCAGAAAGUUUACCUUAAGCUGAAUUCUGAACUCCUAAAACCAGUACCUUUCUCCUCACCGGUCUUUGGGCUUAUUACCUAGAUUUAAGCUUUUAGUCCAUGGGAAGCUUCCUAUCUUGGUCUUUUACUACACUAGUUUUCAUUCCUUUGUUCCCCAGAAAAAGAUUUUUUAAAAGGAAAAAACCACCAUAAAUUUAUGGGUUAAUUAAAAGUGAUACAUUUAUACCUAGGGCCCAGAUUUUUCAUUUAUUUUCUGUCCUAUUUUCCCAUUCUAUAUGUAUACAUUGUCUAUUCUCACACACAUAAAAGUUUAUGUGUAAUGUGUGUAAGAGCUGGGAUCAGUAUUACCACAUAACAAAAUUGGUUUGCUUUAUUACUUACCUAUUCUCAAGUUGUUUUUGACUCUAGUUAAAAAAACUAUGAUAGAAACUAUUCUAGUUUGGGAUCUUAACAGGCAUUCUGCUCAGCACUGUUACUAAAGGCAGAGACCUUUCUGAAGUCAUACCACCAGUACUUUAGAAACUGCCUCAUACUCAGAAGACAGAAGACUGAGGUACUUUCUGAAUCUAAUACUAUCUUUUUAUUGGCUAUAAUUUGUAUUUUUUUGAAACCAUUUAUAACCAGCCUUUUCAAGAAGAGUAUGUCAGAAGUCACUGUAUAUAAUCAGAGUGAGACCGCAAAGACUGUGCUAUUACCUGUUUGCCUUUGUACAUAUGUAUAGUUUGUUUGAAUAAUCAGUGUACAUCUCCAUUAAUGUUCUCUGCUUUGUAUAUAAAUUAAAAGAGUUGAGCCAGGUGUUGUUUCAGUGUUUGUCAUCUUUAGAAAUGACCAGAGACAUACACACAUAUAUACACAUGCACACACAACAUUUGUGUCUGUGUACGUGUAUAUAUGUCAAAAUUUACUGCCCUUGUCUAGUAAAAGCUAUGAAAAAAUAUUUAGAGUGAGAAUGGAGGGUACACAAAGUUUGAGAAAAUAUUUUUGGUCAAAUUUUAUAUUUAAAAAAUAAAAUUUAGUUCAAUCUUCUGAGUUUUCUAACAGAAAAAAAAAAGAAAAUUAUAGUUUUUUCCUUGAAGACCUGUGGUUUCAAAGGAAUUUGGAUUAGAGAAUAACAUGGGAACAAACUCCUGUAUGUACUGCAUUUUCACUAGCAGCAUUUAUCAGGAUAGAUUCUAACAAUAUGUAAUAUCUGACCUUAUACAGAAGAGUAUAUUAGGUACAAGGUUAAUGUGCUACUGAAAUUAGAAUUGUCAUUCUAGUGUUGAAACUGGGAAAUGUUUUCUGUCCAAUACCUUCCACAUUUUAUUCCCUAAUUUAUAUUUUUCCUUGUUCACUUAGAUUAAAAUUUUGUUUUUUAAAUAUU